GCUUUUCAUUAUAAAUGUGAGUGUUGAAGGUUUACAUUUUCAGAUCGUUUGACAUCCAGUCGCGACCUUUGAACCAAAUGAUGGUGGCUCUCGGUCUCCAUAGCAACAGCAUUCAGGUUCACAUGCUGGACAUGGAGACCACAUCCCCUGGGCACACCCUCCUGCACAGCAUUACUGCUCCAAGCCACCGCACUGACGUCAGAGCAGUAUGUUUCAGUGGUGAUGAUAGAGCAAUUGCCUCUGGCUCUGCCAAUAGCAUCAAGAUAUGGAGCAGGUCGUCUCGUAACUGUCUGCAUACGAUGGAGUCUGGCCAUGUUCUCUCUCUCACCUUUGUACCCGGAGACCGACACAUCGUCGUGGGGACCAAGACUGGGCAGGUGCAGCUGUAUGAGGUGGGGUCGGGUGACUUGCUCCAGGAGGCGGGGGCUCAUUCCGGUGCGGUAUGGAGCGUGGACGUGAGCCCGGACCGACGUGGACUGGUGACUGGCAGCGCUGACCACGACGUCAAGUUCUGGGAUUUCGAACUCAUCUCUGACCCCGCCUCACAACAACGGAGACUGUCGCUGAGCCACGUGAGGACUCUCAAAAUGGCGGAGGAAGUGUUGUGUGUCUGUCACUCCCCGAACGGGAGGCUACUGGCUGUGGCUCUGCUGGACUCCACCGUCAAGAUCUUCUUCACCGACUCUCUCAAGUUUUCCCUCUCUCUCUAUGGCCACAAGCUACCAGUUCUCUCUAUGGACAUUACAUCAGACAGCACUCUGCUAGCAACGUGUUCUUCAGACAAGAACAUUAGGAUCUGGGGUCUCGAUUUUGGCGAUUGUCACAAAUCUCUGUUUGCUCACGACGAUAGCAUAAUGGGUGUCAAGGUGCGUUGAGUCGUAUCAACUCGUGUUAAGUGAUGUCAAUACCCCAGUUUGUUCCUGACACACAUCUCCUGUUCUCGUGUGGCAAAGAUCGUGUGGUGAAAUUUUGGGAUGCAGAUUCCUUUGAUCUUAUAAUGACUCUUGAGUUUUAAUAUCCCCAGGGGCACUGUGGAGAGGUGUGGUGUCUGGCUGUCAGCAGAGACGGCAAUACAGUGGUGACGGGGUCACAUGACCACUCUCUGAGACUGUGGGAGAGGACAGAUGAACCUCUCAUUCUGUCUGAGGAGAGAGAAAAGGAGAGAGAGGCACAGUUUGAAGAGGCGGUGGCUGAAGGAGAAGAGACUGCUUUGCCAGGGGAGGAAGGAGGGGGAGAGGUGUUGAAGGCCGGCAGGAAGACGAUGGAGACCAUGAGAUCUGCAGAGCAACUGAUGGAGGCAUUGGCAGUGUACAGGGAGGAGAAGGUUAAAGGUCAGGAGUGGGAGGAAGAGAGUCAGUUGGAACGGAGAGAGGUUUCUCGGCCAAAACCACACCCACUCCUGGUUGCCAUGGGAGACAUCACAGCCGAGAGAUAUGUACUGAUGGUUGCCAAGAGGAUAAGAUCAAGUGAAUUGGAUGAGGCUCUGCUGGUAAUGCCGUUCUCUGACGUGACUGAGUUCGUUCCUCUUCUCUGCCACUGGCUGGAGAAUGGCUGGGAGACAGAGCUGGCCUGUCGCUGUCUUCUCUUCCUUCUCAGGGUCCACCACCAUCAGAUUGUGACCAGUCCUCUCCUCCUCCCAGUGAUGGACUCUCUAAGACAUCACACCAGGCACAGUGUAGAGAGCCUCAGAGACUUGUAUGGGUUUAAUCUGGCCGGGCUCCGUUCCGUACGGGAUGGAGUGGAGACCACAGGAACCCCUCUAUUUGCAGACAUAUCCUCGAGAUUACAGAAGAUCCAAAAGAAAAAGAGACUAAAGACAGUGCAGUAGCUAGCCACUGCACAGUCUGAACUCUUUCACUUCAUGCCCCAUAUCAUAUGGAUACUGUAUAUAUGCACCCAAUGCUAUCUCCAGGGUCCUAUAAUAAUAUAGUAAUCAAAGAGAGAGUUUGUG